AUGACACCUCCUUACCCUAACUACAAGCACCACCAUUGCAGCUCAAGCCAAGAAGAACCAUCACCAUUACAGAACAUUACGGCUUUCCUCAUGUCCGCGCCGUCGUCGUCGUCGUCUCCGUCGCUGGAUGAGUACGACGCGCGCUUCUUCUUCCCCGGGGCCGACGUGUACAGCAACCACCGGCAGGAGGAGACGCUGGAGGCGGUGCUGCGACAGCCGGUGGUGACCGCCGCAGCAGCUCCUCCGGAAGCAGCGCAGCUGUGGCUGGCAGCGCCGGUGGAGGGUGGCGGCGGUGGAGGCGCCGGGUCGUCGCCCGUCUCGGCGGCGGCGGCGGCACGGAGGCGGCCGUUCCGAACCGACCGUCACAGCAAGAUCCGCACGGCGCAGGGGGUGCGUGACCGGCGGAUGCGGCUGUCCGUCGGCGUCGCGCGCGACUUCUUCGCGCUGCAGGACAAGCUCGGCUUCGACAAGGCCAGCAAGACGGUGGAGUGGCUGCUCACCCAGUCCAAGCAGGCCAUCGACCGCCUCAACCUCUCCGACGACGCGGCGGCGCCGGGGGACGCCGCCGUGCCACCGCCGCCGGAGCAUUCCGCCGCAUCGGCGAAGGAGAAAGGGACGGAGGCGAGCUCCUCGAGCACAAAUGCUAGCACCAAGCACGGCGCCAAGGCGUCGCCGCGGGCAAGAAACAGAGGCCGCGACGGGUCAUCACCGGCACUGGCGCCCACGGACGAGCGCGAGCGCGGCGUUGAGCUCAACCGGAGCAUGUCAGGAUUGCCGGUGGCGGCGGCAGCGACGACGGCUGAGCAGGUGAUGGAAGGAUUGGAGUACUACUACCAAUACUAUAACCAUCUCGAGGAGAUAAUGAGCUGCGACCCUUCGACAACGGAUGAGUAA